CAGCAGCAGCAGCAGCAACAUCAACAAGAACCCCGGCGUUUCUCAACUUCCUGGCCCAUCCCUAUCCAGAUGGUUGACAAUCUCCGCAGUCUGACACCCAACCUUCCACCUACUGGUGCCGUUGUCGAAGAACUUGACGAUGCAGGACCCCCGGGGUCAUUAGCUACAGCAAGACCGGCAAUGAUUCCCCAGCAGCCGCCGCAGAGGGUACAAAAUCAACGACCAGCCGGAACAACAGGAGCUGGAGGAGAAGACAUGGCGCGCUCGCGCUCCGAGCCAGGCCAAAACACGGCUAGUGGGGAUCUUCUUUUGGCUGUUCCCCGGGGAAUCAACGUCCCUGCCAACGGCAAAAGAUUUCUCACGGGCAACGGGAAAGGCCCCGUGGCGUCGUCAACUUCUGUAUUCUCUUCUUCUUCGGGUUCAUCUCCUGCUGGAUCUGGAUCUGGGCCUGCUUCUGCUUCUUCUCGCCGGGCCGACAGCGACAGCGACAGCGACAGCGACAGCGACAGCGACAGCAACCAAGAAACGCAGUGGCCUCUGGGGCGGAAGCUGGGGAAGAAGAAGCGGAAGUCAGAGCCGCAGCCUGGAUCAGAGCCAAAGUAG